AUGGAUAUUUUGACUUGCAGAGCAGAGGACUUGUAUGAAGACUUUUGCAGAUAUACAACUGAAGGUCUGACAAACCUGAAGAAGAUUAAUUUAUUUCGUUUGACCCACUUAUCUGACAUUGGAGAGGGAAUGGAUUACAUAGUCAAGUCUCUGUCAAGUGAACCCUGGAACCCUGAAGAAAUCCAAUUAGUCUCCUGCUGCUUGUCUGCAAAUGCAGUGAAAAUCCUAGCUCAGAAUCUUCACAAUUUGUUCAAACCGAGCAUUCUUGAUUUAUCAGAAAAUAACCUGGGAAAAGAUGAAAAUGAAGCUCUACAUGAACUGAUUGACAGGCUUAACAUGCUAGAACAGUUCACUGCACUGAUGCUGCCCUGGGGCUGUGAUACAGGCAACCUGACCAGCCUGUUGAGACAUUUGGAGGAGGUCCCAUAACUCAUCAAGCUUGGGUUGAAAAACUGGAGACUCAAAGAUACAGAGAUUAGAAUUUUAGGUGCAUUUUUUUAACAGAGCCCUCUAAAAAACUUCCAGCAGUUGAACUUGGCAGGAAAUUGUGUGAGCAGUGAUGGAUGGCUUUCCUUUAUGAGUGUAUUUGAGAACUUAAGCAAAUUAGUGUUUUUUGACUUCGGUACUAAAGAAUUUCUACCUGAUGCAGCAUUAGUCAGAAAACUUAGCCAUGUGUUAUCCAAGUUAACUUUUCGGCAAGAAGCUAGGCUUGUUGGGUGGCAAUUUGAUGAUGAUGAUCUCAGUCUUAUUAAAGGUGCUUUUAAACUAGUAACUGCUUAA